UUAAAUGCUGAAAUGUGUUUUAUUUAAUAUACAUAAAGGAUUUAUAUUCUGAAGUUAACUCUUCAGAUUGAAUUUAAUUAGGAUUUAUACAUAGGAUCUAUGAAACAGGGCGGCGUCAAUACUUCUACACUUCUACUAAACAUGUCUGCAGUCAUCAAAACAGCUAAAUGUUCUUUUAACAGCAAAACAGCCAUGCUUUCAUGGAUCUGUGCUCUGCUGGAUCUGGGAUGUAGUCAACAGUCCAACUGCAGAAUCCCUGAAAUACUCUGAUGAAUGCAGAUUGAGUGGAAGCUUUGCUCGGAUCAGGAACAGGAGUUGUUCUGCUGUUUGCAUUGUUUUCCACUGUGUUCUUAUGUAAACCAAGAUUACACGCUUUAAUUCUUUCCUCUAAUUGAGCCCAGAACAAAACAAACAAUUUAAAAUUUCACACCACAAACAACGGACUUUUAUAAAUAGCUUGUUUUAAGUCGUCUAAUCUGCAGUUAAACCAAUUUAAUGGUGCUGAAAAAAACACCAAAUAUCAAGUCAGUAGGUCACCCUUCACAAAUAUUUGUACAAACGCUGUGGAAGAGGGAACAUUUUCAUGUCCCAGCAGGCUGAAACACCUUUUCCUCGACUUUGGGAGGAGUCAGAGAACACUCCUUACAUCAGCUUCAUGCAGAUGCUCAAGAUAAAGGAGGUCUGCGCCGCUCACCAACCAGAGCACAAGAUGCACUGCUACCAGAGCGCGGUCAGCGGGCUCAGCUACGGCUUCAUCCUGGUAGGCCUGGCCCACCUGGUGCUUCACAGGAAGGCUCAGAGCUCCUACGGACGACACAUGGCGCCCUCGUGUCCAGGCCGAAAAGUACCUGCAAGACCGGCCUGGUUCCUCCAGGAGAUUCCUGCUCUCCUGAUCCCUCUGCUGCUGAUGUUCCUGAUGCACGAAUCCUCCGCUGUGGGGAAACAUCUGCUGCUGAAGACCUUUUGCUUGCACUACUUUCAGAGGACGUUUGUCUAUGCUUUGCUGACGCGAGGACAGCCUUUCCCCCUGAGCGUGAUGAUGGCAGCGGCGUUCUUCUGCAGCAUAAAUGGCUUCCUGCAGGCCCACUACCUGCUGCAUUGCGCCCACUUAGAUGAUGCAUGGCUCUCUGGUUAUCCUUGUAAAAUUGGUUUGCUGAUGUUUUACACUGGAAUGGCCAUCAAUGUCCACAGUGACUACAUCCUGCGAAACCUGAGGAAACCCAGUGAAGUGGUUUACAAGAUUCCUACAGGAGGACUUUUUCAAUAUGUGUCUGGUGCCAACUACUUUGGAGAGAUUGUGGAGUGGUUUGGCUAUGCCGUAGCAACCUGGUCCCUUCCGACACUUUCCUUCGCCGUGUUUUCUCUCUCCUUCAUCGGUCCGAGAGCUCAUUACCACCACAGGUUUUACCAGGAAAAGUUUAAGGAGUACCCCAAGUCUCGAAAGGCUUUGAUCCCGUUCCUCUUGUGAGAGAAAAGACGCUUUCCUUUCACACGGUCGAUGCAGACGCAAGUGAACUCAUCAUGUGGGGAAAUGGGCUCACCUGUUCCUGUUUUACAUGGAAAUUAAACACAUUUUCAGACUCUGAGAAGACGCUUAAGUGUGGAAAUCGGCGGCAUCCGGAUAGUGGAUGUUAGCUUUACCAUCGCCUAUAUCUGGGAACUGGAGUGAGUGUGAUGUCAUCCAGAGAAGGUGGUUUACUCCAAUCAAAAGGUCAGUUUAGUCGCCAUUUUUUGUGUGUGAUACAGACGCCGCCGUGUUGGAGCCAGACAACGUCAGUAAGCAGCGAUCGGCCCGACUCGUCGUUUCUAUGGCAACCAGUCUCACCAAUCAGGAGAAAACUUGUUGAAAGGCCACACCCCUUCCACCUGAAAGAGGGAUGCACAAAAUCUGUUUAUCAAAGGUUUUGAAUGUUAGGCAUGGGGGCCAACAGGCUCCACCUACAUUUCUUAAGGCAUCUGAUUGGUCAGUUUAUAGCUUCAAUAACUUGAACUAAAGAAAUUUAAUAAAAAA